UGUAGAGUGGUACGGUCCAGAUGGGGGGCUGGCUGUGGCGGAGCAGGGGCAGACCGAGCCGAGCCAAGCCGAGGCAGGCUGUGUGUGAAUGGGGGAGACGCGCCGCGCCGCUCCGCUCUCUGAUCCGGAUUAUUAUUUCACUUUUGGACGCGUGCCGUCUGUACCUGUGCGGACCGCUCCCGCCGCCACCUGGCCGCAGCGCGCUGUGUGAGGAGCAGCAGAAGAAGAAGAAGAAGAAAGGCAGCAGCGGCAGCGCGCGUGGGACUGUGGAUUUAAAUAACUGAUUGGACUUUUCUGCGCGUUUCCGUCCAGUUCAACAUCUGGUUUAUCUGGAAGCCAAAGAUCCUCAGCGUCACAGCUGACAGCGGCUGUUCUUCCUCUGGUCAUCGAGGUCGAUUCAACAACACUGAGGAGGAAAACAGAUUUUGGGAGCCGCUCAUGCCCUGUUGAAGCUGACUCUUCAUCAGACCUGCAGCCAGCUCUUCUCUCCUCCUCCCCUCCUCUCCUCCUCCUCCAUCCCUCCAUCCUCUCCUCCUCCUCCUCCUCCUCCUCCUCCUCCUCCUCCUCCUCCUCUCUCUCCCACCAUGCUCCCCUCCUGCUCCUCUUCCACUCCGCUCCUCCUGUUCCUCCCCCUCUCCCUCCUCCUCCUCUCCUCCCCCCUCCUCUCUGCCCCGGCUGUUCCUCCCCCUCCCUCCGUAGCGUCGGGCAGGGCGGUGUACCGAGCGUUCGACACCUCCCUCACCCACCUGACCGUCCACCGGAGGACAGGUGAGGUGUUCGUCGGUGCCGUCAACCGAGUGCUGAAGCUGUCGGCCAAUCUGACGGAGCUGAGGAGUCACAUGACCGGACCUGUGGAGGACAACGCCAAGUGUUACCCUCCGCCAAGCGUCAGGGCCUGCGCUUACCGACUGAACUCGUCAGAUAAUGUGAAUAAGCUCUUACUGGUGGAUUAUACUGGGAACAGACUGGUGGCGUGCGGGUCGAUCUGGCAGGGCGUCUGUCAGUUCCUCAGACUGGAGGAUCUCUUCAAACUGGGAGAGCCGCAUCACCGCAAAGAGCACUACUUGUCUGGAGCCAGAGAGGCUGAUGGGAUGGCAGGUGUGGUUGUUGGUGAGGACGACUGGACGGCCGACCCAAAGAGGAAGAAGCCGGUGAAGGGCGGCAGCCGCCUGUUCAUCGGCGCCGCCAUUGAUGGAAAGUCGGAGUAUUUCCCCACGCUGUCCAGCAGGAAGCUGGUGGCGGACGAGGAGAGCGUCAACAUGUUCUCACUGGUCUACCAGGACGAGUUUGUCUCUUCACAGAUCAAAAUCCCGUCAGACACGCUGUCCCUCUACCCGGCCUUCGACAUCUACUACGUCUACGGUUUCUCCAGCCGCACCUACGUCUACUUCCUGACUCUGCAGCUCGACACGCAGCUGACGCAGAUGGACGCCGGCGGGGAGAAGUUCUUCACUUCUAAGAUUGUCAGGAUGUGUUCCAACGACACCGAGUUCUACUCGUACGUGGAGUUUCCUCUGGGCUGCACCAAAGACGGGGUGGAGUACCGACUGGUCCAGGCCGCCUACAAACAGAAACCAGGGCGGCGGCUGGCCCAGGCGCUCGGCCUGUCCGAGGACGACGACGUCCUCUUCGUUGUCUUCUCACAGGGUCAGAAGAAUCGCUCUAACCCUCCCAGAGAGACGGUCCUCUGUCUGUUCACCCUCCAUGACAUCAACCUGGCCAUGAGAGAGAGGAUCCGCUCCUGUUACCGUGGGGAGGGAAGACUCUCGUUACCGUGGUUACUCAACAAGGAGCUGCCCUGCAUCCACACCCCGAAGCAAAUUGGAGAUGAUUUCUGUGGUCUGGUGUUGAAUCAGCCGCUCGGAGGCCUGAGGGUCAUCGAGGGAAACCCGCUGUACGAGGACCGGACGGAGGGCAUGGGCGCCGUGGCCGCUUACACCUACGGAGAACACACGGUGGUGUUCGUGGGAACCCGGAGUGGACAGCUGAAGAAGAUCCGUGUGGAUGGGAUCACGCCGCCGGCCCAGAAUGCUUUGCUGUAUGAGACGGUGACGGUGGUGGAAGGGAAGCCGAUCCUGAGAGACAUGGUGUUCAGUCCAGACCAUCAGUACAUCUAUCUGCUGAGUGACAGACAGGUGACCCGGCUUCCCGUGGAGAGCUGCGGCCAGUACAGCGGCUGCUCGGCCUGCCUGGGCUCGGGCGACCCCCACUGUGGCUGGUGUGUCCUCUUCAACAAGUGUUCCAGACAGGAAGCAUGUGACAAGUGGGAGGAGCCUCAGCACUUCAACACCCGGCUGAACCAGUGUGUCGACAUCUCUGUUACCCCGAGCAACAUGUCAGUCACCUCCCCGGCAACGCAGUUAACCAUUCGAGUGCAGAACGUCCCGGCGCUGUCGGGGGGCGUGUCCUGUGUGUUCGAGGACCUGAGCGAAACCCCCGGAGAGGUGCUGGCUAAAGGUCAGGUGAUGUGUAUGUCCCCGUCCCUGAGAGACCUGCCAGCACACGCACACGCCUACGGAGAGAAGCGAGUCGUCCAGCUGAGUCUUCGCUCCUCAGAGACGGGACAUCACUUCAUCACCACCAGCUUCAUCUACUACAACUGCUCCGUGCUCAGCUCGUGUACUUCCUGUGUCAGCAGUGUGUUUCCGUGUCAUUGGUGUAAAUAUCGUCACGUCUGCACCAACAACCUGCAGGACUGCUCCUUCCAGGAGGGACGAGUCAGUAACAUGGAGGGUUGUCCUCAGAUCCUCCCCACCUCUGACAUCCUGGUCCCGGCCGGGAUGGUUCGUCCAAUCACGUUGCGAGCUCGUAACCUCCCCCAGCCUCAGUCGGGUCAGAAGAACUACGAGUGUGUGUUCAACAUCCAGGGAAAGGUUCAACGCAUCCCCGCCGUCCGCUUCAACUCCUCCUGCAUCCAGUGCCAGAACACCUCGUAUUGGUAUGAAGGGGACGAGGCCGGUGAUCUCCCGGUGGAUUUCUCAAUUGUCUGGGACGGAGAUUUCUUCAUCGACAAGCCUUCGUCUAUGAAAGCGUUGCUUUAUAAGUGUGAGGCUCAGCGCUCCAGCUGUGGUCAGUGCCUGAAAGCUCCUGCAGCCUUUGAAUGUGGAUGGUGCACUGAAACCAGGAAGUGUCUCCUGCGGCAACACUGUCCUUCGCCUGAACAGAACUGGAUGCACCACGGUCGACACAACCUGCGCUGCAGCCACCCGCGCAUCACCAAGAUUGACCCUCUGACGGGACCUCGGGAGGGGGGGACGCGGGUGACGAUCGAGGGGGAGAACCUGGGUCUGCAGGUAAAGGAGAUCGCUCACGUUCAGGUGGCUGGAGUCCGCUGUAACCCCGUCCCCUCGCAGUACAUCAGCGCUGAGAGGAUCGUGUGCGACAUGGCCGAAGCUCUCCUCCCCCACUCUCCAGGCGGCCCGGUUGAGCUCUGCAUCGGCGUCUGCAGCGCCGAGUAUCGAACCCUCUCCACCCAGACGUACUCCUUCGUGAGCCCCAGUUUCAGUCGUGUUCGUCCAGAGAAGGGGCCUGUUUCUGGGGGAACCAGACUGACGGUGACGGGUCGACACCUGGACGCCGGCAGCGCCGUCUCCGUCUACAUCGACAAGGAGGAGUGUCUGUUUGUCAAACGGACCAAUCGGGAAAUAAUCUGCAUAACUCCCGCCUCUCAGUCGGGCUCUGGCCCCGCCCCCAUCCGUCUGAUGAUUGACAGGGCCGAGGUGACGAGCUUGGAGACCAAAUACAUCUACACCGAGGACCCGACCAUCACCAGCAUCGAGCCAAACUGGACCAUCCUCAAUGGCAGUACAGUGAUAACAGUAACAGGAACCAACCUGCUGACCAUCCAGGAGCCCAAAGUCAGAGCCAAGUAUGGAGGCGUGGAAACCAAUAAUUUCUGUUCUGUAGUCAACGACAGCACGAUGACGUGUUUGGCUCCUGGUUUGGUCUACAGUAAACCCAACCCACCAGAGGGGGCGCUGCGCCCCGACGAGUUCGGCUUCAUCUUUGACCAGGUCUCCUCUCUGCUGGUCCUGAACUCCACCCCCUUCACGCACUACCCCAACCCGACCUUUGACCCCCUGGGGAACUCUGGGAUCCUGGAGGUCAAACCAGGGUCACCCAUCAUCCUCAAGGGUAAAAACCUGAUCCCUCCGGCUCCCGGGAACAGCCGUCUGAACUACACGGUUCUGAUCGGAGAGUCUCCCUGCCUGUUGACCGUGUCGGAGAACCAGCUGCUCUGUGAUUCGCCGGAUCUCACCGGAGAACAGCGAGUCCUGAUCCUAGUCGGGGGUCUGGAGUACUCCCCGGGUACGCUCCACAUCUACUCCGACAGCGCCCUGACGCUGCCUGCCAUCAUCGGCAUCGGAGCGGGCGGCGGCGUGCUGCUCAUAGCGAUCAUCGCCGUGCUGAUCGCCUACAAGAGGAAGACACGCGACGCCGACCGGACGCUGAAACGCCUCCAGCUGCAGAUGGACAACCUGGAGAGCCGGGUGGCGCUGGAGUGCAAGGAGGCGUUUGCAGAGCUGCAGACGGACAUCCAGGAGCUGACCAACGACAUGGACGGAGUGAAGAUCCCCUUCCUGGAGUAUCGAACCUACACCAUGAGAGUCAUGUUCCCCGGAAUAGAAGAACACCCCGUCCUCAAAGAGCUCGACUCUCCGGCCAACGUAGAGAAAGCUCUGCGUCUGUUCAGCCAGCUGCUGAACAACAAGAUGUUCCUGCUGACCUUCAUCCACACCCUGGAGGCUCAGAGGUCCUUCUCCAUGAGAGACCGAGGGAACGUGGCGUCGCUGCUGAUGGCUGCGCUGCAGGGCCGUAUGGAGUACGCCACAGUGGUGUUGAAGCAGCUGCUGGCCGACCUGAUCGAGAAGAACCUGGAGAACAGGAACCAUCCCAAACUACUGCUGAGGAGGACGGAGUCUGUAGCUGAGAAGAUGCUGACGAACUGGUUCACCUUCCUGCUGCAUCGAUUCCUCAAGGGGCGUGCAGGCGAGCCUCUCUUCAUGCUCUACUGCGCCAUAAAGCAGCAGAUGGAGAAAGGGCCGAUCGACGCCAUCACCGGAGAGGCUCGCUACUCUCUGAGUGAAGACAAACUCAUCCGACAGCAGAUCGACUACAAACAGCUGACUCUGAUGUGCAUCCCUCCGGAGGGCGAGGCGGGGACCGAGGUGCCGGUGAAGGUGCUGAACUGUGACACGGUGACUCAGGUCAAAGACAAACUGCUGGACGCUGUGUAUAAAGGAAUCCCGUUCUCUCAGAGACCCCAGGCCGACGACAUGGACCUCGAGUGGCGUCAGGGCCGGCUGACCAGGAUCAUCCUGCAGGACGAAGACGUGACCACCAAGAUCGAGAGCGACUGGAAGAGACUGAACACACUGGCUCACUACCAGGUAACGGACGGCUCUCUGGUGGCGCUGGUCCAGAAGCAGGUUUCCGCCUACAACAUCGCCAACUCCUUCACGUUCACGAGAUCACUGAGCAGAUACGAGUCGUUGCUUCGGACGUCCAGCAGUCCUGACAGUCUGAGAUCCAGAGCUCCAAUGAUCACCCCGGACCAGGAGACAGGAACUAAACUGUGGCACCUGGUGAAGAAUCACGAGCACAGUGAUCAGAGAGAAGGAGACCGAGGCAGCAAGAUGGUUUCUGAGAUUUACCUGACCAGACUGCUGGCUACCAAGGGGACGCUGCAGAAGUUUGUGGACGACCUGUUUGAGACAGUGUUUAGCACCGCCCAUCGGGGCUCUGCUCUCCCAUUGGCUAUCAAAUACAUGUUCGACUUCCUGGAUGAGCAGGCCGACAAACGACAGAUCAGCGACCCGGAUGUUCGGCACACCUGGAAGAGCAACUGCCUUCCUCUCAGGUUCUGGGUGAACGUCAUUAAGAAUCCUCAGUUUGUGUUUGACAUCCAUAAGAGCAGCAUCACUGACGCCUGUCUGUCGGUCGUCGCUCAGACCUUCAUGGACUCCUGCUCGACGUCCGAACACCGGCUCGGCAAAGACUCUCCGUCCAACAAGCUGCUCUACGCUAAAGACAUCCCCAACUACAAGAGCUGGGUGGAGAGGUACUACAGGGAUAUUGCAAAGAUGCCCAGCAUCAGUGAUCAGGACAUGGACGCCUACCUUGUCGAGCAGUCCCGUCUCCAUGGCAACGAGUUCAACACACUGAGCGCGCUCAGUGAGCUCUACUUCUACAUCAACAAGUACAAGGAAGAGAUCCUGACAGCGUUGGACCGGGAUGGGUACUGUCGCAAACACAAACUGAGGCACAAACUAGAGCAAGCCAUCAACCUGAUGUCUGGUAGCAGCUGAGAGGAGGGGAAGGACGAAUGGACCGAUGGACUGAUGGAUGGAUGGACUGAUGGAUGGAUGGGGGGAUGGGGGAGAAGAAUGGGUGAGGGGGAAGUGAGGGCAUUUUGUUUUUCUGAACUGUUUAAACAGUCAGCUGAACUGCUCAGUGUUGGACCGAACUGACAGCCACAGCUCCAGCCCUUCAGCAAUCAAUCCAUCAGCAAUUUAUUUGUCAAUUGAUUGAUUGAUUGAUUGAUUGAUUUGAAGACUGAUUAACUGGGUAGCUGGGGCCCCAACUACCUCCGUUCUGUGGGGUUUUUGGGCAGAAAAUCAGUUUUCAAACCGAUUUGGAUACAUUUACAACAUGACUUCGACAUUGAAUGGAGUCAUUUUGGGGCAAAAAAAACAAACCUUCUAGAUGCAUCUGUCGGUUUGGAUUUAAAUUCACUGCAGGUGUAAGCAGGGAUCAAAGCAAGGGGGCGUGGCUGUGGAAAGAUCUGGAAACUAGGCUAAAGACGGAGUCAGGUUUAACCAAACAAUGGAUGUGCCGUGAGGACUAAUCGACCUGACUUCAGGAUUCACAGCCUGGUUUGGAACUGUCUAGAUGCUGGGUUGAAGAGCAAAAGGUCAAGUCAAGUUUCCGUCAAAGCGAUUGACUUCACCUUGAAAGUCUUGUUCUGGUCUGAAGGAUAAAGAAACUAAGAUGAUGGUCACAGUAAAAUCGCAACAGGCUUCACCUUACCUUAAGAGUCUCACUGCAGUCAGGAUGAAUCCGUGCUAAAUAUCAAAAGGUCGAGGCUUACCGCAGAAUUUCGAAGCCUCUUUACUGAUGUCGUUAUUUUGGACCAUUUAUCCUCACCUUGAAUCCUUAGCCUUGUAUGGAAGGAUGUGGAUUCACUGUAAGAAGUUCAGGUCAAGCUUUAAGAAAGGAAGCGUCAAAGUCAAGUCAUCAUUUGGAAUAUCUAACCCAACCUUGAACCUGUUUGCGAAAGAUUCGGGAGGUUGUUUCAAGCUUUAACAAGGAGAAGGAAGCAAAUAAACCGAUGUCCGAAAAACUGAUGACUUGACCUAACCUUGAAAAGACUGCUUAGUCUCAAAAGAUGUGGAAUCCAGGUGGAAAAUAACAAGAAUUCAUCUUUGGAGAUAAGAUGAGCCGAGGCAAUUUGACUUGACUUUGCACUGUUCGACCAAGCCUCGUCAGGUUCUAGAAGUUUCUAAGUUGCUGUUUUAAAUAACCACUCAAUGUUUUUUCUCUGGACAAUCACUCUGUACCACAGCACACUGAGCCCGAUGCCUACCGACCGACCAGUACCUGUGUCCAUAAACCUGUCCUCCCCUCCCGUCGUCGUCUUUUCCUUUCCUUCCAUCCUCAACUCCUCAAAAUGUCACCUCCUACUUUGCUUUACCCAUUUCUUCAUUUCGUCUCCUCUAUCUUCCCCUCUCCUUACUCGUUUCCUCUUUCACCCCACUUUAUUUUCUCCUCCCCCCUCGACCCUGCUUCUUCAUUGGUCAGUCAUGCUGGCCUCUGGCCAUCCCAUUGGCCAGGAAGACUCUUUAGUAAUGUACUGCCCGACCAAUCAAGACUGUGGAAUUCACCAGAAUCGUGAAUAAUUAAACAGAAAUUAAUCCAGAAUUACCUUUUGAAUACAUUCCAGCACAGGCACACAGGCAAGGUCUGUAAAUAAGCAGGUUGACUCGCUAAUUUUUCGGAAGUAAACAACUUCCGAAAGUGGACUGACCGACAUUUUUCAGGACCAGAACGACCUGGAAAAUAGGGUUCUGGAUUCAGCACCAGUCAGUAAACUUUGAUGCUGGUUGGUGCAGAUCGCUUUAUCGUCGGACCUUGCACAUACACCCACAUACAGCCAUGCUUUACAGCGCCAUGCUAACCGUGCCCAGGGGGAAAUACUGUGCAGAGCUACAAGCCCAGUGCCAUGUAAAGACCGGACCGGAUCACGUCAGAACUGGACCGGACUUGGACCAAACCCGGAUAAAAAACAACCUGGAAUGGAGUUUUAACCGGACCGGACUCGAGAACUUUUAAGACUUGUGGCCAUAAUUGUAAACAACAAAAAAAAUAAAGAUAAUAAUAAUAAUAAUAAUAAUAAUAAUGAUGAUGAUAAAGUAUAAAAGUUAAAAAAGCAUACAAAAAGAAUGGAAAAAAAAAUAUUGAAAUGUUAACAUGUAAUAAGAACUUUGUGGAUUUGACAGUAUGGAUUUAAAGGAGCUGAACUUGUAUAAAGCUGAACAUUAUGCUACAUCAGAGUCUGGAGAAAGAGAGAGAGCCAGGAGACAGGGCGAUGGAUGAGACAGAGACCAAAACCAACCCCAUCCUCACACCGUCGGACCAGACCAGACUGAACCGGAUCGAACUGGAUUUAACCGGACUGAACGAAUCUGUUCUGUUUGGAACCUGAAGGAGCUGACAAACAAACGUUUUUUGCCAAACUGAAUGUUUGUUUGUUUGUUUGAACAGAACAGGAGUGUGGUGUAUCGGAUGGAGGGGUGGCCUGGAGGGUUUGGGUGGCGUUUGGAGGGGUAAAUUGUUGCAUGUGUAGCUUCGGAUGGAGUCUUUGUUUUGAUGAGCUCUUGUUGCGCUCUUGUACAUCCUAAAGAAGAACGAGGGCGCUUUCACACUGCUGGCUCAGUCUCAAUUCUACUUCAGCUGUUUACCUUAAAAUGUGAAAAUAUGAUUCUUUUUUCUGACUUCGGACGCAGACGGAGGAAUUGUAGCUCAGUCCACCAGGAUGGUCCACCGUACCUACGUCAAAAAUAAGCGGCGACCCUGUGGAUGCUGGAAAAUCAAUGCACAGGCGGAGUUCAGACUAACUGUAACUCAAAAAACUGAACCCAGUGUGAAAAGUUCUUCUUCUCUGUAUGAAUGAUGGCUAAAUGUUGGAUGGAGGACUUUCUAACAUGGCAACGCUGCACCCCUCAUACCCCUCAUACACUUCUUUUUCUGUGGUGGAACAUUUUCACUUCGCGCAACUGGAUCACGUAUCUUCUUCAAAGGUUCAUUUUGGGUCUAACAUUUGUCAAGAUGAAAGUUCAACGAUGAUGUUUGACCUUUUGAAAACACACAGAAACUAGUUUCUGCUCAGCAGGGCAGUUUUGAGUCCCCAUAUGUUUUUAAAUUUCUUCAGUUACAUUUUCUUCACCAUUCCUUUAUGAGCAUUAAAUUUCAAUUUCAAGGCAGUAACCCCGGUACCAGUAAUUUUCUUCAAAUUGAAAGGCCUUCACUUUUACUUUAUUUCACCGGGAUAACCUCUCAGGCCUCCAGGGGGCGCUGUAGAAAUGUAAAAUGGAAACCAUCUCUAGUUAAAUGGGUUUAAAAACCACCAUCGGGUCUUUAAAAGUCUGGAGGAAGGCCGGCGUGUUGUGUGAAAAUGUUCCACCACAGCUGAAGCGCCUCUCUUUUGGCUCUCUGCGAUGCCAUAAAGCUACAAAGCACCUUUUUUUUUUUCUUGUUUCACUGUCGUUUGAAUCUUUGGGGCCAAACGGACCCGAGUGAGAGGAGGAGGAGGAGGAGGAGGAAGGGUCCUGAUAAAAGACUGCCUUUUAGAUGAUUAAUUAUAGAACAGGGAGGGAAGCCACUACCAUACCAAUACCACUGUUCAUUCAACCUGUGUGCGUUUGUGUGUGUGUGUUAUCCUCUUGCUGCUGCAGUGGAAACUCAACCGUUAAAUCACUGAUCGUAUCUGCAGCUCAAUUAAAAAUCUUUUUCUUUACAAUCGCACGAUGUAAAUCGGCCGAUCCGCAUCUUCAGUGCUUUUGAAAUCUCUGAUCAGAUCUUUGGUCUCUUUAAAAAAAAUAAAAUAAAAAUCUCAGCUCGCCCUUUAAACUCAAAGUCGUCAGAGGCGACAGAUCGAGUAAAAUUCAGCGCGUCGUCCUUAAUUGUGUCCUUGUCGCCAUUUUGAUCAGAGUUUACCUUUCUGUCGGUGUGAUGAGAUGGGAGUUUAGAGGAGGAGGGGAGUUUCUGUCAGCGUGCCGAAGGGUGAGGAAGAGGAGAAAUGAGCGAAUCCCAAGAGGAGAAUGUAAAGGAAGGGAAAGGGAUGAUGCAUUAACAAUGUGGAGGAGGAAGAACCGCCAGCUGCAUGCUGAAAAGUGACGAAGAGGAGAAAUCACUAUUUGAUUGCAGAGAGGAGAGUGUAGAGGAGGAAGAGGCUCUCUCAUGCCAAAAGGUGAAGAAGGAGAGGAAAACCCGAGAAAUUAAUGUUAAGAGUAGAACACAGGAGGAUGAGGAUGAAAAGAGGAGGUCAGGUUCUCUUUUUGCAUGAUAAAGUGAGGGAGGAGGAGGAGGAGGAGGAGGGAUGAAGGAGACGCUGUUGGAAUACUGAGAGCAGGAGAGAGGGAGGAGAGAGGGAGAAUACUGAUCAGGGAGGAAAAGACGGAGGCAACGUCAUCCAUCAAACCGGCUGAGAAAGGAAAGGUCUCUGAGAGGAGGGAGGAGAGAACGCUCGCAGUGUAGAGAACCGAGGAGAACAGAGCAAAAACUAGAUCCACUCCUGGUCCAGGACUGUCACUGCUCAGCACGGUUCCUCAGGUAAAGGUGAGGGUGUAAGCACACCUGUAAAUAUCUAUCUAUAUAUAUAAUGUUCUGACGUGUCGUCACAGCUCUAUAUGCAUCUGCGUAAUCAGGUUUUGAUCGCGUCCAUAUAGAACCAAACACAGGAGUGUGGAGGCGUUUGUGCCCCGUCAAGGAUUUUCCGGCUUCCAUUAAAGUCCAGAAAACUUAUGUAAAAUCAAAGAUGGCGCAGGAUUUCUUUCUCGCUCAUCGACUGGAGCUUUCCAGAAGAUAUUUAAAGGAGACUGAUCAGUGUUUAAUCAGAAGUAAGACUGAUUGUGAAAACAUCAAAACUUUUUUGCUACCAACCCGAAAUGCUUACGUAGAACCGAGUACCAGAAGCUAGCAUCAAAUGCUGAGACUGUCCUCGAGAAGAAAAAUGACGUUAGUCGUUUGUUGAAAUGCCUAAAACGCCUGUUCACAUGCAGGUUCGGGGGGUGGGGGGGGGCGAGUAUCAGGAUAUCACCAAACCUCUCAGAGAGGCGGUCGGGUGAUUGGAUGGGUCAACAAAAAAAAUAUCUUUAGGGUUGGACCCUGAACCCAAACAAACCUUAAGAGGUGGCAGAUCAGAAGACAAGCACAUGGACUGUUUUGGAGGCCAAAGACAAAUGACCCGUUUCGUCCUCGUUUACUUUGAUCAGAAAGUUCCUGACUUAAAUCCAAAUUUUGCCAAUUUAAGACAAUUUUAUGUAGACGAAGAUUUUGUACGGCUGCUUGUGUUCAGACAACAUUUAACAUUUAGGAACUUUGGUUUCUUCAGUUAAAAGUAUUUUUAGUAUCUGUGCUGAAAACUCAGGUAUCGUAUCGGCGCUAGUAGCAAAACAUUUAAAACAAUAUACAAACCUAAUAAUACGUAUUAUUUUUACAAUAUAUCUUCAAGCCAUCAGUGGCAACACCGAACGUAUUUUCAACUUUCUGUAACAGAUUUUAUAAUGGCUGAGCGAGUGAAACGUUUUGGUUCCCUCUGAUCCAUCCUGGACGGUCCUGUGUUAGUCCUGGAUCAGGACUAAUAGAGAGCUAGAGGAGGGGACAGAGAGAAAAUGGAAACCUUAGUAAUACAGUUUAAAUUCAGCCAGGACGAAUCGCUGUUCGGAUGGUUUUUCACUGUGGUAACAAGCAAGGGUGUGUGUGUGUGUGUGUGUGUGUGCGGUUGUUUCAGUGUUGUCUCUACACACACACACACACACACACACACACACACACACACACACACACACAGCUGGGAGGAGGUAACAGAGACUGAAGAGGCCGGUGGGAGGGCUGGGUCUAAUUCCUGGAACUGCAAACGAAACCAACAGGGAUUGGAUUGAUACCUCGUUUUAGAUGCAGUGUCCUUCAAUCUGUUCACACACACACACACACACACACACACACACACACACACACACACACACAGACGGCUCAGAGUUUUUAACGUUCUUCGGCAGUGAGAUAUUUAUUGAUUAUUUUUGAUUUUCUUUUUUUCUUUUAAUUUAUUUUUUACGAUGAGUUAUAUUUAUUGCGGGAGGAUGUACACGAUUUUAUUAGUUUGUACAGCGUUAAAGAGAGAGAAGAGCUCGACGUCAUACUUUACUGCACACACGCGCAUUUUGAGACGCAACACGUGUAAUCAUACAUCCAUGUGCAUGCUGGGAAACGACCACCGACUGCGUCAAACUGCCCCGUUGUACCAAAGUGUCAUUUUAAAUCCGGAGUUUCUGCACCUUUGUCAAAGAAGAUUAGUGUUGGUCCUUUCGCUCAAAGCUUUAAGACGCUGUCAGUGAUCAGUGGAGGUAAAGAACUUCCCGUUUUGUUUUUAUUGAUCAGAUCUUGCUCGGAAUAGUGAAACCUUUCAAUUGAGCUGUAAUCUUCGAAGAUUUGUUGAAAAGGGGGGGGGGGAUGACGGAGGAGUCGAGUCGAGGUUCUGGUUGGUCGUUUCCCAUCCUGUCCAUGUUCAAAUCCGUCGAUUUGUCCGAUAACUGAGGAGCUGGCAGUCGGAUCGAUCGAUUUGAUUGAUUAGAAUCCAUCAGACUCACCUCACUCACGCAGCGAACAGUCGGAGGAGUCGUUCGAAUUGUUCAAAUCUUUCUACGCUUCCGACUGAAGUUUCCAGGAGUUUAUAAGCAGAGGGGGGAGCGGCAACAGGGCUCUCCCGCCGGAAAUAAAUGGAAGUUGAUUUUAUGUGAUCAUCACAACCAAAAUACUAUCUCAAUGGAAAUUAUUUAGGAUUUUUAGGAAUCUUCCAUUAUAAACCAAUUGGAGAAGUGUGAAACUUCCAUUUAUAAUCAGCGGGAGCUUCAGAAGCAGUUCAGAGUGCUCUCCCACUGGAAAUCCAUCAAUCUCCCAUUGAUUUCCAAUUGGAAAUUAGAACAAUUCCAUGUUCUACCAAUGGGAAACCCAAUGGUAGUUCCAGGAAUGUCUCCAACCAUUUAUAAUCAGUAGGAGCCUGAUGGUGACAGUGUCCCCUGUUGAAAAUCAAUCAAACUUGCACUGAUCUCCCAUUGGAAAUCCAUGGGAGUUGACUGCCCCCAAAAAAAGCCCCUCCCACCCCGCAGACUCCUGACAGAUGGUUGGUUGACUGACAGACGAGUCACGCCGACAGCCAAUCCCAGCGGGCUUCAUUGUACCAUAGCAACAGCAAAAUCACUGGACUCCCCACUGAGUUUGAACGGGGAGUCGGAUUUCUUUAUUGUACCAUAAUAUGAUUAUUAUUACUAUGAUUAUAAUGAUUAUUCUGAGCCGGUGCUUCUCAGCUGCUGCAGGAUCAGGAUCUACCGCGUUCAAAUUAACUUUAUCUGUAAGCACUUUUCUGAACAAAGUCCUGGAUUUUAAACACAACGCCAACAAACUCUCAGAUCUCGCCAAGUUGUUUCCUGUUUGGUCCUUGUUUGGGUCUCCGAGCCGCCGGUUGAGAAGCACCGCUCACACUGGAUCUUGUGUCUUAGUUCAGGAUGGGAUUGUUCAUUCAGGCGGCGCUUCAGGUGCUCCAGGUGUCGGAUCGCGAGACUUCAUGACGCAUUGUAAACACAACACGAUGAGUCCGUUGACUGACGUCAUGUAGUUAAAAUCAAGAAACUAUGAGGGUCAAAAUCUAAUGAAUCGUUCCACAGAGAGUCUCCUACGAACCAAAAGGACUCAACAAGAUCCUUCGGGUUCCUCCAGCUUCUCUUAUGGUUUGAGCUGUUUGUUUAAGACGUCCAAAAUUUUUGGCCCAAUAGAAAACUGACCCGUGAAAAACCUGCCUGAAGCCAACGUGCAUAAAUUAACUUUGAAAUAAGAAGAGACCCCAGAUACGGAAAGACCCAGGGAUCUCUGGACUCGUGACUCUGAACUCAGCCCACCUCCGGUCCUGGGUUGGGUCUCAAAUACUAGGAACCGAACAGUAGUUGUUUUUCCUUUUCUACAGACACAUAUGUUGGACCGAUCCUCCAUGUUUGUUUAUUUCAACGCAGACGUCCUCUCGUAGAUCGCAGGGAAGUAAUUUGAAAUAUGGAAAGUAAAAUGAACAAUUCAUCCAGACAUCAAAGUUCUGUUCCUUCGUCGCUGCAGUUCACAACAGCUCGCAAAAAGCUGCUCAACACACAUCUGACGUGACGUCGACUUAUCGAAGUUUGUCAACUACUGUCGUGUAUAUAAUGACAUCACGGCGCUCAGAUCCGAAGCCUCGCGAUCGGCCUCCCGCUGCACCACAGCGUCGCCGUUUAUUCACUCUGCCUGGAAACGCAGGAACACACAUCGCCUUGAUGCAGCGCUUUCCAGGAUGUAGUCAGGGCCCAUUUUUUGAUACCAUUUGCCAUUGCCUUGUUUUUAUUUUUUUUAUUUUUGCUGAGUUAAAAUGUAAUGAUGAUGAUGAUGAUGAAUCUUCUUCAUGUAAUAGCCUGUGUCUGUUUUUAUACCAUUGCCAUUGCCUUCUGCUGAGUUUGUAUAUUUGUGUGAUUUCACUAAAGUGUAAUGGAAAAGUUGGA